AUGCAGGGUUCUCCAUCGGCGAAGGACAAGCCGCUCCGCAUCGUCGCGGUCCACGGAGGCGCGGGCUUCCACCCACGAUCGCAGUCCUCGGACGGCGAGAUAAAGCGCGCACUACGUCUAGCCUGUGCGCGUUCGUUAGCGGCCCUCGAGCGCGAAGCGGCCCUACAUGCUGUUACUGACGCCAUCGCUGUGCUGGAAGAUGAAGAGUGCUUGAACGCCGGAUAUGGCUCGAACCUCACCAUGAGCGGGAUAGUCGAAUGUGACGCCUCUCUCAUGGACGGUCUCACUCGCGACUUCGGCGCCAUUGGGGCGGUCUCAGGCGUAAAGAAUCCUAUCAAAUUGGCCCAUAGUGUGUUGCAGUACUCACGGACCCCAGACCUUCUAGGACGGAUACCACCUCUACUGCUCGUCUCCGCAGGAGCGCAAGAAUUUGCUCGGACUCGGGACUUAGCAUGUAUACCAGACUCCAUGAUCUCACCGCGCGCGCAUCGCGAGUGGAAGCGGUGGACAGACGCGCUAGAAACAGCGCGACACGCGCAUCCUAUGGAUACCAUGUUAGAAACAAGUAGUGCCGUCGGGCUACAGCACCCUCAAACCGAUGGUUUGCACGAUAGGCAGGACACAGUCGGCGCCAUCGCGCUUGACGCGGAAGGCAACCUAGCGGCUGGGGUGUCAAGCGGAGGACUAUUGCUCAAGCUCCCGGGACGGGUCGGAGAAGCAGCAAUGUAUGGUGCGGGCUGCUGGGCUACACACAGAGUAUCAUGUAGUGUCUCUGGUGCUGGGGAGGACAUCACCAGGGCGUCGCUUGCCAAGACCAUCUGCAGUUCUGUGGAGGCCGCAGGAGAGGACGGAGACAUCCACGACGUUCUCCAAACUGUCAUCGGGCAUCAGUUCCACAAAGUGUGUGCGGAACGAGGCGAAACAUCUCCACAAGCUGGUGUCAUAUUGCUUGUCAAGGAGUACGAUGACGACGGACAGCUCAGACCCCGUCUCUGGUGCGCGUUCACCACGGAGAGCAUGGCGAUCGGAUACGCCUCUAGCGUUUCCUCCAAGCCCAGCGUACGUCCGUCCCUACAUCCCGCUACCGCUGUGCUAGAAGCACCCCGUCCGUCGGGCUGA